UUAAAUACUUUUUUUCAUGUAUUAUUAAUAAUGAGAAUAGAGGUAUUUUUAAAAACUAAAACAUUGUUCAUUCAGUGUUAAUCUGAGUGUAGUUUUACUACUGUAAUUCUGCACGAAGUCAAGUUUGUGAUAAAUAUAUUUUAAAAAAUCUGUUUACUCAAUUUUUUUAAAAUAACUAACUGCUUUUUCAUGCCAAAAUUGCACCAGAGAGCCCCAAAUUUGCUUCAAUAUUUAAAAUUUUUCUGGAAGAGCAUGCCCCCAGACCCCUGUAGGAGGCAUCUUGUCUUCGCUGGCUAUGUGUUUCGGACCUCGCUCCGCACUGUUAUAUGACAUCCUUUUCCUAAAUAACAACAUGACUUUUACUGAAAGAAAUCACCCUCUGAGAGUCUUUUUAAUUUCACCUUAAUUUGACGUCGUUUUAAUUUCACCAUAAGUCUUUCAAGCAAAGCCCAUGGUUUUAUGGUAUGUUAUUUUUAGUCUUGUCAUUUUUAUGCUGUUAUGUUCUACCUAUAUUAUUAUAUUGACAUGUUUUAGUUUACCUUUGUGUAAUUAAAGCUAUAUAGAUUACUGUUAUGAUUUAUGCACCAGUUAGCAUUAUGCUAUAGCAAUAAAGUUUUAUUCUUUUGUCCAAGUUCUUUUUCCUGAUCUUGAAGAUGUUUAUAAUUUCACACAUCAACAGCAACUUUUCAUUUCCAGUUAAUCAGUUUGUUACAUUGAUGACUGUUUUAAUUGACCAAAUCUCAGCUCAGUGUUUAAUAUUUUCACUGUGAGAAUUUUAGUGCAUGGUUUCGGUGUUUAGGUGCAGUAUUCCACUGUGUGCACGCUGUGCCAUGGAUUUACUGAAGCAGAGCUACAGGAGCAGCACCAACUCAGCCAAAAUGGUGGCUCUGGCUGCUGGGCUGUCUGUCGGCGCCACCGUCGGUUACAUCGUCUACCGUCACAUCAGCAGUGCCAACAACAGUCAAGCUCCAGACAUUGAGGUUUCCAAGAUGAACGUACCUGUGGAAGCUUAUAGGAAUGUAUCCAGGAACCAGCCCAUGUUUUUGGAGUUGGUGUCAAAGAAGUCUGGAGCUCAGGUUCGGGUCUCGUCAGAACCAGGGGAGCCAGCAGAGAAGACUGCUGUCUGUUUCACACUGCAAGGUACUAAAGAACAGGUUCUUUUGGCAGGCUGUGUCCUGCAGAACCUGCUCACAGACUGUGAACCCAUCACUGAGGUUCUGGAGGUUCCACAAACUGCAUUUGGACGUAUCAUAGGACGUGGAGGAGAGAAUUUGAAACAGAUCAGCAGAACCACAGGGGCCAAAGUUGUUUGUCCCAAACACAGGCAACAAGAUCUGGAGGCAAAGGGUCCUGUGACAAUCACAGGAACUCGACACGGAGUGAGACAAGCAAAGGAACAAAUUCUCCAAACGGUCAAAGAGGACAUGAUGGUGAGGACAAAACUCUUGCAGUCAUCUGUGUUACGUCAGAAACGACGCGGCUACAACCCCGAGAACCAGAAUCUGGACAGCGUGGAGACCCAGUCCUUCUUGGGGUUAAACAACAACUUUCCCCAAGCUGCAAAAAUGGAGCUAAUCAACGCAAACGGGAUCACGGGACAACCGGAAAAAUGCUUCAGCACAGAGCUGAAAAUCAGUCACUCAGAGAAUAAAGAGGAUGACGAGAGUGUGUCUACAGACUCACUGUCUGAAGUGUCCAAGUUUGAAAUUCCCAGCCCAGAUCUGAGCUUCCAGCCCGAUGAACAUCUUGAGGUUUAUGUUUCUGCAUCGGCGAACCCGAACCACUUCUGGAUUCAGAUCCUGGGCGUUCGCUCCCUCCAACUGGACAAGCUAACUGAGGAGAUGACUCGCUUUUACAACAAUGGAAACCUCACUGAGCACAGGGUGGAGGCGAUCGUGGUCGGGGACAUAGUGGCUGCUCCGUACCAAAAUCAUGGCACAUGGAACCGAGCCAGGGUACUUGGAGUCCUGGGUUCUGGGCUUGUGGACCUUUACUAUGUGGACUUUGGGGACAAUGCAGAGCUGCCCAGGGACGGCCUCUGCCAUAUGAGGAGUGAUUUUCUCAGUUUGCCUUUCCAAGCAAUUGAAUGCAACUUGGCAGGAGUGAGACCAAAAGGAGAGGUGUGGACUGAGGCAGCCCUGGACGAUUUUGAACGCCUGGUCCACUGUGCGUCCUGGAGACCCCUGCAGGCCAAAUUAUGCAGCUAUUCUCACUCUGAGAACUCCUCAUGGCCUAAUGUCAAACUCUACGACCACAGCGAGGGCAAGACAGUGGAUGUGGGCGAGGAGCUCAUCAGACUCGGUCAUGCAGUGACUUUCCAUGAAGUGCUGAAUGGAAAGACUGAGGGGGACAAUCUUGGAGGUCUGCAGAAGAUGCUGGACAGUGUGAUUGGUGCCUCGUCUGAGCUCAGUAUGUCCUGUAUCAGCUUAUCAGAAGUUGCUUCGAUCUCAGGAAGCGUUGAUGACAUCAUCGAUGAUGAGCUGCUCUGAGACCAAAACAUCCACUCCUCUGUUUUGGUGAGAAAGCAGUGAAGCCUUGGCACCUUUGCCGUCUCUUCCUCCAGAUGCAUCCUUUUACUGUUCGUUACAGGAUCAAUUCUUUCUGCACUUCCGUUGUAACCGAUGCAGCUUUUUGAACGAACAUGUUGUUUCCAUGUUACACGUUUCAAAACAUAACGCAGGAUUCCUCCUGAUAAACACUGUGCUGUGGGUCUCUGAGACCAGAACCCUGCUGGUUUGUGACCCAUCAGGUCCUCAUCACAUUUGCUUUUUAUAAUUAUGUUUUCUUGUGUGUGUAUGUAUAUAUAUAUAUUAAGCUUUAAAAGCCUCAGCAUCACCUUUCAGUUGUUAAGUUUUGGAAUUUAAAACUGUUUACAUAUAUAUAUUAAAAUGUAUGGACAGAAGGAAGUGUUGGACAGAUGUAACAGAUUGCACUAAACUAAAGUUUAUUCCAUCUUUCUAUAUAUUAAAAGCCACGUGGCCUGUG